AUGAAUCCCUCCUCCGCGCCCGAUAUGUCGGGCAUGGCUGUCUUGGGCCUGCAUCUCGCCAACCCCGGUACGAAAGCACCCCAUGCGCAUCCAUACCCGUCCUCGCUCGCCUCCUCCGCCUCCUCCGCCUCUUCCUCCUCGUCCUCCUCGGUCUUUUCGCUCGACGCGUCGCAUAGCUCGGUCUCGUCCACGGCCACAAAUCCCGUGGAUGUCAUUUGGGAGAAUGAGGGGGAGACAGGUCGAGGUGCACCGGGGGCUUGCCCCCGUGUGUUUGCGAAAUGUCUGCCUCUGAAACAUGAUGUCGCGGUGCCCGCAGAGAUGCGCAUGAAUCCUCGGCGCACCUCUGUCGCAUCGACCAGCUCCGCCGCCGCUGCCGCUCGCCCGCCGCCCUGCCUGCUUCGUCAGUCUGAGCGAAAAGUGAACUUUGUGGACAACCUGGUCGAUACGGCAUCGCAGAUCGUCGAGGUGAUCUGGCCCCUCUCCGCCGCAGCUUCGCGAAGUGAUGCCGCAACGGGGGCCAAGGGAGUUCUCCCCUUACGGACCUUCAUUCAGGAGACCCUUCGUCGAUCGCGCACCAGCUACUCGACCCUCCAAGUGGCACUAUACUACCUCAUCAAGGUCAAGUCGCACGUGCCGUCUCACGAUGUCUCCAAGGACAUGCGUCGGGACCAAGCUUGCACGCGCGCCAUGCAGUGUGGUCGUCGCAUGUUUUUGGCAGCACUGAUCUUGGCCUCCAAAUACUUGCAAGACCGUAACUACUCGGCUCGCGCAUGGAGUAAGAUUUCCGGCUUGAACACCCUGGAGAUCAACCAGAAUGAGUUGAUGUUCUUGGACGCAGUGGGCUGGAGAUUGCACAUCUCCGAAGCUACCUUCCAGCGCUGGACAGAGAUCGUCUUGAAGUUGACUCCUGGCGCAGGCAGCAUGCCUGCGAGUGAAGGGCAGUCCUGGCGUAGCGUGCUUCCGCGUCUCACUCCGGACCUAGACUCCUUCGACCUGGAGCUGAUGACCCCUGCAUCGAUGGCUAGCAGCCCGGAUCUCGGCCACGUCGACUCUCCUUCGCCGCGCAGCACGUCGAGCAUGGAGUCGUUGCGCUCGGCUGCACGCGAGCAGACUUCGGUCUGUCCACGCAGCCUGCCUCGCCCCAUGGAACCGGUUUCGGUUCCACGACCUGGCUACGCGCACCUGCCUUUGCCGUCUUUGUCUCGCCCGCAUAUGUUGCCGACGCCUCAGAUUACUCCCCAUUCACACGUCUUGUGUACUCCUGCUGCGAGUGCGCCGUCGUGUGAUCCUCGCCGUCCGUCCAUCGGUAGUGCGAUGGCUCAAGUUCAGAAUAUGGGUAUGGCGCGCUCGAUCCUUGAUCAGCGCCCGCCGCUCUCAGUCUGUCCUCGAGUUCCGUCCUCCGAUGGCUAUCCGGUCGUGGCUCGCCGGUCAUCUCUGGCUCGGUCGACAUCUUCAUCCUCGUCGGCUUCCUCUCCGGACUCAAUGGUUUCAGACGUCUCGACUUUGUCUUCACGCUCCUCGCGAUCUUCCUCGGUCUCCUCUAUUGCCUCCGGAGUCGGUGCGUCGGCUCCGUCUCGCUUGGCUGUCACGGCGACUCUGCGUUGUACCAGUCAGUCACUCCUUAAAGAGAAUCGCAAGAACCUGGCCAUUGCUUCGCCCAUCGACGAAUUGCCUCUGGCAAGCAUCUACCCAUCCCCCGAAUAUCCCGUGCAUCUGGGCACGGCGACGGAUCUGUCCGGCUUUGUCAUGGAUUCUAGUCUCAACGAAGCGGCGCAGAGUCUCUGCGAAUUAUCCGGAGCCACUCCCGAUCGGCGUCAGUGUCGUAAGCGCGGCCGUACUGGAUCGGAAGAUCUUCUUCUCCAGAGCAACGUUCGUCAAUUGAUCGAUGCGGGCGCCUCUGGCAAUUCUGCGAUCUCUGUUAGUUCCGACGGCCAGCGGUCUGAGAACUUGCCUCAGCUUGCGGCGAUUUCCUCCGUUUCUGGGCCUGCCGGCAUGAAACGAGCCUGUUGCGGCAGCGAGGCAAGGAAAAUAGCCUUAAACCCUAGCCUUCGUGCAGAGUAUCUUUCUUGA